AUGAGUGCCCCUGUUAAGUCUGAAUCUUACGAGUUCCAGGCUGAGAUCUCUCAGCUGAUGAGCUUGAUCAUCAACACUGUCUACUCUAACAAGGAGAUCUUCCUUAGAGAGUUGAUUUCUAACGCUUCUGAUGCCAUUGACAAGAUCAGAUACGAAGCUCUUUCUGAUCCUUCCAAGCUUGAGACUGAGCCUGAGCUUUUCAUCAGAAUCACUCCCAAGAAGGAGCAGAAGGUUCUUGAGAUCCGUGACUCUGGUAUCGGUAUGACCAAGGCUGAUCUCGUCAACAACCUUGGUACCAUUGCCAAGUCUGGCACCAAGGCUUUCAUGGAGGCCCUCUCCGCUGGCGCUGAUGUCUCCAUGAUUGGCCAAUUCGGUGUCGGUUUCUACUCACUUUUCCUUGUCGCUGACCGUGUCCAGGUCAUCUCCAAGAACAAUGACGACGAGCAGUACAUUUGGGAGUCUUCUGCCGGCGGUAAGUUCACCAUCACUCUUGAUGAGGAGAAUGAGAGAAUCUCUCGUGGUACUGUCCUCCGUCUUUUCCUGAAGGACGACCAGCUCGAGUACCUUGACGAGAAGAGAAUCAAGGAUGUUGUUAAGCGUCACUCUGAGUUUGUCGCCUACCCCAUCCAGCUUGUUGUCACCAAGGAGAUCGAGAAGGAGGUCCCCGUCGAGGAGUCUGAGGAGAAGACUGAGGAAGAGUCCGACGAGAAGAAGCCUAAGAUUGAAGAGGUUGACGACGAAGAAGACAAGAAGGAAGAGAAGAAGGUUAAGAAGGUUAAGGAGACUGUUACUGAGAAUGAGGAGCUUAACAAGACCAAGCCUCUUUGGACCAGAAACCCUGCUGACAUUACUAAGGAGGAGUAUGCUGCUUUCUACAAGUCCAUCUCCAACGACUGGGAGGACCACCUUGCUGUCAAGCACUUCAGCGUUGAGGGUCAACUCGAGUUCCGUGCCAUUCUUUUCAUUCCCUCGCGUGCUCCCUUUGAUCUCUUUGAGACCCGCAAGAAGAAGAACAACAUCAAGCUUUACGUCAGACGUGUUUUCAUCACUGAUGAUGCUGAGGAGUUGAUUCCUGAGUGGCUUUCUUUCGUCAAGGGUGUUGUGGACUCUGAGGACUUGCCCCUUACCCUUUCUCGUGAGAUGCUCCAGCAGAACAAGAUUCUCAAGGUCAUCAAGAAGAACAUUGUCAAGAAGCUCAUCGAGACCUUCAACGAGAUUGCUGAAGACCGCGAGCUCUUUGAUAAGUUCUACACUGCCUUUGGCAAGAACAUCAAGCUUGGUGUCCACGAGGACUCUACUAACCGUGCUGCUCUUGCUAAGCUUCUCAGAUACAACUCUACCAAGUCUCCUGAGGAGCUCACUUCUUUCCAGGACUACAUCACCCGCAUGCCUGCCCACCAGAAGAACAUCUACUACAUCACUGGUGAGUCUAUCAAGGCUGUUGAGAAGUCUCCCUUCCUUGAUGCCCUUAAGGCCAAGGACUUCGAGGUUCUUUACAUGGUUGACCCCAUUGAUGAGUACGCCAUGGCUCAGCUCAAGGAGUUUGAGGACAAGAAGCUUGUUAACAUCACCAAGGACUUCGAACUUGAGGAGACUGAAGAGGAGAAGAAGCAGCGUGAGGAGGAGAUCAAGGAGUUCGAGCCCCUCACCAAGGCCCUCAAGGAGAUUUUGGGUGACCAGGUUGAGAAGGUUGUUGUUUCCCACAAGCUCAUUGAUGCUCCUGCUGCCAUCAGAACCGGCCAAUUCGGCUGGUCCGCUAAUAUGGAGCGUAUCAUGAAGGCUCAGGCCCUCCGUGACUCUUCCAUGUCUGCCUACAUGGCCUCCAAGAAGACCUUUGAGAUUUCUCCUAAGUCUCCUAUUAUUAAGGAGCUUAAGCACAAGGUCGAGGAGGACGGCACUCAGGACAGAACCGUCCGUGACUUGACCACUCUCCUUUAUGAGACUGCUCUCCUCACUUCUGGUUUCACUCUUGAUGAGCCUAACUCCUUUGCCAGCAGAAUCAACAGACUUAUCUCUCUUGGUCUCAACAUUGACGAGUCUGAGGAGGCUCCUGUUGCUGCCGCUGCUCCCGCUACUGAGGCUGUUCCCGCUGAGGCUGCUGCCGAGUCUGCCAUGGAGGAGGUUGACUAA